AAUGAUUUCAAACCCGAGUGUUUGGACAAGAGGGAGGAGAAGGAGAGAGGCGGGGGUCCACUGAUAAUUCCGAGCCUGCUGGCUGCCUGGCUGGGUGGAAAGGACUGAGUCGUCCACUAUCGCGCCGCCUCACUGAAGACGCUUUUAUCCGAGGAGACGGUGAAACACGUCCAAGAGGGCUUUUCUUAUAGGUUGCCCGUUUUACUCGAACAUUCGCUGUUUUGCGCGAAAUUAGGUUGAAUUCAUCUAAACAUAAAGGAAGAAGCAGUCUGGUGGAUUUCACGUUUUACAUCAUGUGAAUGUUGUGAUGUCCAGCAGAGACUGUGCACACUGUUACGGGUCGCUGUGUUUUUGCCGACAGGACUCGGUGAUCGGAAAUCCCUGAUAAUCGAUUUUAUAUCGCUUGUUUGUUUCUGACCGACUGUGACCACCAACUGUUGUUCCUGUGAGUAUUUUUUAUUUAUUUCUUACCAGAUCAGUGGUGGCAUUUCUUUAAAAGCUGUGGUUGUGGAAGCAUCACAAUCAUAUUUGUGUUGUUUGUUUUUUCAGUUUUAUUAUCGGCCUGUUGAAGAUCAGGGCAUUAUCGAUACUUUUCAGAUUUUUUCCCCCCUUUUUGGACAAUGUAUUCGUGUUUUAACACGAUUCCACAAUUGAGGUUAGGUUAGUGAGUUUCUGAGAGUUAAUUUUAAGCAGCUGCAUAAACGAACUGAGACUCGUAGCCGCGACAGUCAUGGCUAAAAAUCCGUCCGAGGGGCCGAAGGAUGACCUGAGCCAGCUGACGGACGAUGAGCUGCUGCGGUGCAGCAAAGAGGAGCUGGUUAGGAAAUUAAGGAGGGUUGACGGUGAGAAAAUGAACUUGAUGAUCGAGCAUGGCAACAUGAUGAAGGACAUUAACCGGCGGCUGCAGGUGCACCUUCAUGAAAUCCGGAACCUAAAGGAGAUCAACCAGAAGCUCCAGGAUGACAACCACGAGCUCCGGGAGCUCUGUUGCUUCCUGGACGACGACCGACAGAAGGGCAAGAAGCUGUCCCGGGAGUGGCAGCGUUUCGGCCGCUACACAGCCAGCGCCAUGUGGAAGGAGGUGGGCACCUACAUGAUGAAGCUCAAGGAGCUGGAGGCCAACCAGGAGACUGUGCUGAGGGAGAACUCUGAACUGAAGGAGAUCAUCCUCAUGCUGGAUGAAGAGAGGAAUGGGGCAGGGUCCCGGAGCUCCAUAGAUAGUCAGUCCAGCUUGACCAACCUGAACGGGGGCACCAGCACGGUCAGGGAUGUUGGAGAUGGGAGUAGCACGUCCAGCACAGGAAGUGCCGGUAGCCCCGAUCACCACAAUCACAACCACAUGCACAAGCCCUCGGAGAACGGUAAGAUGGGGCCCACGAUGAGAAGAUCCAUGGAUGACCUGUCAGCGCCACAUCAUCACAGAAGCAUCCCCAAUGGACUCAAUGAUUCUUCCUCCAACUACAUCAGGCAGCUGGAGACGAAAGUGCGGAUACUGGAAGACGAUAACAAUAAGCUCCUCUCACAGGCUUAUAGCCGCUAUAGCUUAUCGCAAAUACAGACGAGAAAGCAGUGUAACCCAGGUGACCUUCGUGCCCUGAGGAAGGGAAUGACUCUGUACCACUCAGAGUCCCAGCUGUCCUCACUGCCCCAGCGCCAGGAAGCCAUGCACAUGGGGACUGGACGCCUACCAACAAGCGAGUCCUCUCCAGCCACAGGCUAUCUGUCCUGUGUCCAAAAGCCUGAGGCUGUGGUCCAUGCCAUGAAGGUGCUGGAGGUCCACGAGAACUUGGAUAAGCAGGUUCCUGAGGACUAUGAGGAUGAUCUCAGCGAGAAAGAGAAGGCCAUUGUGCGAGAGAUGUGCAAUGUGGUGUGGAGAAAACUGGGUGAUGCAGCAGGAUCAAAGCUGUCCGUCAGACAGCACCUCUCUGGUAACCAGUUCAAAGGCCCGCUGUAGCAUAUCACCCCUAGAGAGAGACGGAGAGAUAUCAGGAUCCACACUCACCUGAAACGCCACCUUCCCUCCUGCACCUACACGGACCCGUCACGCCACCGUGCUCCCUCCUGCCGACAGUACCCGGCAUUCCUCCGACAAACACUCUCUUGAGACUGGCCACAGAAUGGACCUGUUAGUCUCGUUGUUCACGUGAACAACGUUGCCUGUAUAUGUCUUUGGAUCUCUGUGCUGACAUGUUGACAGCCGGCAGCUAGUGUCACCAAUCCGCCACUUUUCUGCAUCGGUUUGGAGGCUUUCUGUUUUCUCUCUGUAAACAAACACACUCCGCUUUCGGUCCUUUAGAGCUUAGCUGAGCUGUAAUAAGCUAGGGAUGAGACGUGGUUUCGAGCACAGGUGAGGCGGGUGGGGGGGGCAGAAGUUGGCAACAGUGAGGCAGUUAAUACCAGCUUCUAUAGAGAGAGACACCCCCAUCCCCUCCCAAGCUCCUGUCACAUGUAUGACCCCGCCUCCCCACUUCCUCCAGCGGUCAAUGAGUAUAACUAGCAUUAGCAUUCUAUAAUGUUAGCCAAGUGAAACCCACUGUGACCUAGCGCCUUUUUGCUCGUAAGACAAGUCUAUGGAUAAUAAAGUCUAGAGAUCACUGUUAACUCGUGUAUAUUAUGUAUAAAACCAUAGCAUUACUUCAUUGUUUCUGUUGAUUUGACUUUAUUUUGUAUUCUAGCGUGGCCAUGUGAUCAAGAAUUGAGUUUUAAAAAGCACACACAUACACACCUACACACACACACACACACAGACCUUAAACAGGGUUUGCUUUUGGUAAUACACUUUUUUUUUAUUAUUGUCAUUGUUAUUAUUAUUAUUGUUCUUUUCCAGAUGAAUUGCUCUUACUCCUUCUCUCUGUAACGUUUGUUAUCCGGGCCAUUCUGAAUCUGCCGUCUCGCUCUGUUUAUUAAGGAACAGAUAAAUUUUCUUACUUUUGUGAAAUGAGCUAAAAAUUGUAUGCUGUGUGCAUGCUUGACAAUCAUUCUCUCAGGUUGGGAGGGCUACAGCUUUACCUUUGCCCAUCUGUGACUGUGCGCGCAUGUGUGCGAGUGUGUUUAAGGGUGUGAGUCUGUGUGGGAGGAGACUGAAUGGUUGGAGCUCUAGCAUCUGCCUGUGAAUCCUCUCUUUUUUCGGCCAUUGAACCCUGGUUACAGCCCGAUUGAAGGCUGCUGAAGACAUUUUCUGAAUCCAUCCAAAAUAAAAUGUAAUUGCUGUAACUAAAAUACACUGAACCUCCCCGAUCAGUUUGAUCUGCUUUUUUUAAUACAGUGGUGUGAAAAGUGCAUGUUUGUCACAGUUGCAGGUUUCAGAUCAUCAAACAAAUUUAAAUACUAGAUAAAGGUAACCCAAUUAAACACAAAAUGCAAAAAAUCUAAUCCUGCAUGGUCCUGUGUGGAAAAAGUGAUAACUGGUAACCUAAUAACUGGUUGGGCAGCAAAAACAGCAAUAAAGCAGCAACAACUGUAAUCGAGCAUUCACAAUAACUGGCAGUGAGUCUUUGACAGCGCUGUGGAGGAAUGUUGGCCCUCUCAUCUUUGCACAAUUGUUGUAAUUCAGUCACAUUGGAGGUUUUUCGAGCAUGAGCCGCCUUUGAUUAGGCCGCUCCAAAGGCUUCAUUUUAUUUUGCUUAAGCCAUUCAGAGGUGAUAUUGCUGGUGUGUUUUGGGUCACUGUCCUACUGCAGAACCCAAGUGCGCUUCAGCUUGAGGUCACAAACAGAUGGCUGGACAUCUGUAGGAUGUUUUGGUAGAUGGCAGAAUUCAUGGCUCCAUUUACAACAGCAAGUCUUCCUCCUGAGGCAGCUAAACAGCCCCAGCCCAUCACACCACCGCUGUGACCCUUUCCAGACUGAUAGCUGUCAGCGACUUUGUUUCUCAGGUGUUUCUUCGAAUCGUAGCAUGAUGUGUUGCUUUUUGAGAUCUUUUAGCCUGCUGCACUUUAACAGACAGGUUCUAUUUGAGUGAUUUCUCAAUUCAACAGGUCUGCCAAUAAUCAGGCCCGAGUGUGUUUAGUGAAACUGAACUGUUUUUUGUUUUUUUUUAACUGAAUUGUGGUUAAUCACAGUUAAUUCCUGAUUUAACAACAGGGGCGAUUACUUUUUCACACAGGAACAGAUAGGUUUGGAUAACUCUUCUCCCUUAAUCAGUGAAAUCACCAUUUAAAAACGGUGUUUUAUACUUACUCGGGCUGUUUUUGCCUAAUAUUAAAAUGUGUUUGAUGAUCCAAAAUAUGUAAGUGUAACAAAUAUGCAAAACAGUAGAAAAUCAGGAAUGGGGCAAAGACUUUUUCACACCACUGUAUCUCUGACGAUAACAUAGGGAAAGAAAAAUAGUCACAUAGAUGGAUAUUAGACCGUUUCUCACAUCAUGGAUUCAGCAGGUGUGUUUAUGCAGUGCAUGUUUUAUUGAAGUUAUUUUUUUCUUUCUUAGAAUAUGAGAUAAGUCUUCCCUUUGAUGUCUCUGUACCAUAAAACACUAACAUUUAAAACAAAAAAAAAUUUCUUGAUGUCAGAAUGAACAAAUACUGUUUGUCAGUGUAUUUAUUGCCAGGUGUAACAUAGUAAGAUAGAGAUGGGAGCGCAGUUGGUAACUGAACGGUCACGUUUUAAACUCAUCAGAUGGAUUUCGUGUUAUUAAAGUUGUCUGAUGAGUUUGCCGAGUGACUCGACAGCUCGGGCUCUCCCAUCUCUAGUGUUAUUUGUUCCAAAUUAGAACAUUUCUGAGGCUACCCGUUUGUCCACCUUGGUACUCUCAAUUAAAGGGUUAAAAUAUAUAUACAUAUAUAUAAUAAUAAUAAUAAUAAUAAUAAUAAUCAAAGUCUGAUUUUUUUUUUUUAAAGUGUCCUUUUUUCUAGGAACCGAUUUGAAGCCAUUAUACAAUUUUGAAUACUUUAUAUAUGGCAAAUGAUUUGAGACGUGCCGCACUGUUUUCUUCAUGUGUUUUAAUUUGGACCCAGCUGUAUAUUUGGGGGGGGGGAAGCAUCUGUAGUGUUUUUUUCCUGCCUAUAUGCUAAAACCACAAUACAGAAACCUAGAAUCUACAGUGUAAAUGUCUAUUCCUGUAGUAACUAGCAUGACUGGAACCUCUUUUCGUGGUUUCACCAAUAAAGGUGAAUAUUUCGCUGGUGAGACCGAAAACAUGAAAUAGGACACUUUUAGAAACAUUUGGAAGAAAAUAAACAAGUUGCUUAAUGAUGA